UUCGUUGCGGAGUUCGGUUGUUUUCGAAAUGUUGUCCUCGGGUUGAGUCCUUUUUUGUGAAGUCGGUUUCCGCUUGCUUCCACCUUCCGCCGGUUGAUCCUAGGAUUGUGGUGGAUGAUAAGGCUGCAGCAUCCGUUCGGGUGGCUGAUAGGAGGAACAAGAUUCGGUGUGUGUGAUGGAAAGAAGAUUAUGAGGGAGUCAGACGGCUCAACCUGUGAGUGCGAACGAGAGCGAGGAAUGCCGAUGGUGGAGUCCUGCUUUUUGGCCAUUAUAACCGGAUUCUGAGUGCAGCCCUGGCUACAGAUCUUUGAGAAGAGAGCUUCAAUGGUGUAACGGUUAGAAGUGGUGGAAUUUUCGCACGGCUCGGAUGCUGCGAAUGAGAUGGUGGGCCAAGAUGUGUACCAAUAAGAAGAAAAUUGUCUGAGGAGCAAAGCACCGGUGAAAAGGAAAAGUGAAAAACACAAGGAAUAGCGCCAAAAUUUUGGUGGCCGUCUGGGAACUUCCAGCCAAGAGUCGGAAUAGGAGGAAGGUGUGUUUUUGUGCCAGUUUCCGUGUAUAAAUUUUCGAACCGCCGAAGUUUGUUGCUGUGGGUGGGUGCCAUACCAAAAUUUUCUCGGAAUCUGUGUCUGAGACGUGCUUGUGAAUGAAAGUGCAUUCGCACGGCGGCAACCGAUAAGAUUUUCGUGCCAAAAGAAAGGAUUUGCCGGAGGGCAAUCGCAUAGUUGUCUUGAAAACUUCCGGGGUCUCGGAGGAAACAGAAAAAAAAAUACUGAUGUUCCUGAAUGUGUUUGACCUAAAACUUACUACACUUUGUCUCUGGGAAAAGGUUAAAGAAAAGUGAAAACUGGCGUGCAGAAAACUCCUGCAAAGGAUUACAGCAUCGGAAAAAGGUGUUUCGCUAGGGUCAUCGAUUGUUGAAAAAGUUGAAAACCUGGCCCGAUGAAAAUUCAAUCCAGAUCAAUACCGGAUGCGAGUGAGUGAGAAAACCUGAGCAAGAGAGGAAUUAGCAGUGGUGUGCAUUCGGUCAAUAUGCAUGUUCGCACACGCAUCACGUUAGGUUCAGCAGCAUCCGGGUGACAAAUUGGUCAGCGGAAGCGCGGAGAAAGGGGCGCCUGAGAAAAUUUAUAUCAUCGUACAACAACACAUAAAUUAUUGAUUCGAUUCCGAUCUGGACGAACGCAAUAAGCACAGAAUUCAAGAAUAAAAAAAAACAAACAGAAGAUAACGCCGUGAUUUGUGCGUGUUGGUGCAGUGCAGUCGUGGUGCGUUGUGAAAAAUUAAUAAUUUUUCGGUAUCGGAGUGAGGCAAAAUUGAUUUUUGACUUGUGCUGGACGAAAAUUCGGAGUAUUGCAAAAGAUAUUUUUGAUCUGGAAAGCUAACUGAAUGCUUUUCGAUACAAAAUCAAAGAUGCAGCUCGCAAAGUGUAACGGCAUGAUGGUUGUGAUGUGGCUUACUCUAUUCUGGAUAAACUAUGAAACAGUACAAGCAUUCGAUUCACACCUGCGGGGGCCCUCGUUCGUAAUGGAACCACCGCCACGACUCGAGUUUUCCAAUUCUUCCGGAGGCUGGCUGGAUUGUUCGGCCUCCGGAAGCCCGCAGCCAACAAUCGAUUGGCUCUCGGUGGAUGGCACAUCCGUCGGGGAUGUCGGUGGAGUGCGACGGGUUCUCCGGAACGGCACGCUGGUGCUGCUUCCAUUUCCUGCUGCCGCCUAUCGGCAGGACAUUCACAGUACAAUCUAUCGGUGCGUAGCAUCGAACACAGUUGGACGGGUCAUCUCGCGAGAUGUACAAGUUCGAGCAGUGGUGGCUCAGGCGUACAAAGUUGACGUCGAAGUGUUAGCAGCAUCCCGCGGUUGUACGGCGAUCCUGCGUUGUGUAGUGCCUAAUUUUGUUAAGGAGCUAGUACGGGUGGUGUCUUGGGUGCAGGAACCUGCCUUCUACAUCUAUCCCUCACUGCAGGGAGAUGGAAAAUAUCACUUACUUCCCACUGGCGAGCUUCUAAUUCACAACCUAGAGUACAACGAUCGAUACCCAUCGUACCGGUGUAGGACGAUGCACAAACUGACGCGGCAGGUGGUGACGAGUAAUUCAGCGAAAAUUCGAAUGAGUGAGCAACGAGGCAUUAUUUCGCCAAGCGUGGUCGAGCACACAUCACACGUAUCAGUAUCGCAAGACGAAGGCGCUGUGCUACUUUGCAUAGCACAAGGAUGUCCAUCUCCUGAAUAUCGAUGGUACACCCACAACGGACCGGAACCGAUUCCUGUGUCAUCCGGGCCGCGGAUAAGACUGUUGGGCCCGGUUCUGGCCAUCGAAGCGGUAACUGGGGAGGACGGUGGUGUGUAUAAAUGUUCCGCCUCUAAUGCGGGCGGCGAGGCCAGUGCAGAUCUACGCCUCACGGUGUCCACGCCAAUCCAUGUUGAGAUAUCUCCAAACGUGCUAAGUGUUCAUAUGGGUGGUACGGCUGAGUUCCGUUGUCUUGUUACGACCAACGGAAUGAGCGCGGGACCCCAGCACAUUACGUGGUUCAAGGAUGGUCGCCAGUUGCCUAGUUCGGGCCGAGUUGGCGAUACCCUCCAGGUGACGGGAGUGACCCGAGAGGACAAGGGCAUGUACCAGUGCGUGGUGCGGCGGCAAGAAGGAGAUUCGUUCCAAGCUUCCGCCGAGCUGCAGUUGGGCGUGAAAUGUGCGCGACCUCGAGUAAAAUCGGACAUUAAAGUUGUGAAGUCGAGUGACGGAAAUUUGCCGAGAAACAAGAUGGCUGAUCCGAUUGUGGAAUUGUGCGCCACGUUUACGAAAGUUGGCCUAGAAGGCGAGUGCAAGAAAAGGAUGCUACCGGCGACAGGCAGCAAGACGGAGAUGGCAAGACGGAUCGUUACUCAUGAUAACGCUACAAACGAUGAUUGUCAGCGUACCAACGACGAGGUACAUGACGGUAGCCACGAUGACGAUAGUAAUGAUUCCUUUGCCGAAGAUGUCGCCAGCCACGAAGAAGCCGAUGACAAAGAGGCCGAAGAUGACGACGAUGACGCGGCUAACGAUGAUAGUCACUCUGCUGACGAAGACAGCACACAGGGAGACCAAGCCGAAGACGACGAUCAGCAAAGUAGUGUGGGUGAAAGUUCGAGUUUCCGUACAGCUGUUCAAUUUCAGCCCACCUCAACGCCGAAGCAAACGAAGAAGUUGCAGAAAAGUGCUCCACGACCCUAUUCGUUCCGUGACGUAGAAGAAAGUAUCGAAUCGUACACCGCGGAAGAGGGUCAGAACGUGAAAGAAUGGAUGCGUCAGUUCGAAGAAAUAUCAGCUGCUGCAUAUUGGAAUGCCGAGCAAAAGCUGAUAAUGCUGCGGAAGAAACUGACAGGUACGGCGCGGCGAUUUGUGUUCACGCAACGUAACCUGAACACAUUCGCAAAACUGAAGAAGGCGCUGAUCGAAGAAUUUGCCCCAUUUGUGCGUGCAAGUGAUGUGCACCGGCAGUUGGCAGCUCGUAAGAAAAAGCCCACUGAGCCGGUACGUGAUUACGUUUAUGAUAUGCAACGAAUUGCGCUGCAGAUCGAUCUCGAUGAGCCAAGCUUGUGUGAGUAUAUCGUCGAUGGUGUGACAGACGACGAGUAUCAUCGAUCUAUGUUGUACGACGCUCUCACCAUUAAGCAGCUGAAGGAGAAGCUUUCCAUGUUCGAAAAAUCGAAGGCUAAAAUGAACAAAAAGUCCCACACCGAAGACCGUAACAAGCAGCGAAGAGAUCACCCUGUGGAUGGGAAAGAUUCGAAGCCGAAAUCCGACGCACGACGACACUGCUUUAACUGUGGUAGUUCGACACAUGUUGCCAGCGAUUGCCCGCAGAAAGGAGAAGGCCCGAAGUGUUUUUCCUGUAAUGGUUAUGGGCACCUGUCGCGAGAGUGUGACAAGAAGAGCGACGAGCAAGGCGCGAAGAGAAUCGCUAUAGUGAAUACGAUCGAAAAAGUAAACAUUCAGCCCAGUGUUAGUGUGAAGUUGGCUGACCACGAGCUAUGUGCUAUGAUCGAUACGGGAAGUGAAAUUUCGCUGAUGCGAAAGGAUGUUUGGCUCAAUAUUGAGAAAAGUUGCGAUAUUGGAGCAAAAUUGAAGCGAUCUGACAUAAGGGUACGCGGAUAUGGUGGAGAAGUGAAAACAGUGUGCGAGGAGGCAACUGUCAAUGUUGCGAUCGAAGAAGAAAAUUUCGUUAUUCGUUUUUAUGUCGUGCCCAGCAAUGCAAUCGACAUGCAAGUGGUGUUAGGAAUGGAUUUCCUUCACGGUGUCGAUUAUUCGAUAACCCCGAAAGGCGUACGUGUGAAGAAGUAUCCGCUGAAAGAAGCCGAAGAGGACAACGAUGCGAAGUGGAUCCGACGGAUCGAAGAUUGCACUGAAAGUGAACUUAUAGUUUCGAAUGCUUACCGUGAACAUCCGGAAAGUAGUGUUAUCGCGAAAAAUCCUACGAUUAAGCCGUCCGACAGCGAAUUCAUGAUCGGACAGUACGUUACGGUCCAUGGCGAUGUGAUAUCACAUGUGAACAUAAGUCACGUUAUGGUUGAAGACGGUGGCGAAUAUUCGUGCAUAGCGGAGAAUCGCGCCGGAAAAACAUCCCAUUCUGCGCGGCUCAACAUCUACGGUCUUCCGUACAUUCGUUUGAUUCCGAAGGUGACGGCAGUGGCUGGUCAAACGUUGUACCUGAAAUGCCCGGUCGCCGGCUAUCCGAUCGAGGAAAUCCACUGGGAACGGGGAGGCCGGGAGCUACCCGAGGACAUGCGCCAGAAGGUUCAAACCGACGGGACACUCGAGAUCAAGGAAGUGCAAAAGUCACUGGACUCGGGCGUGUACACUUGCUGGGCGCGAAACAAACAGGGCCACAGUGCCCGACGGAGCGGCGAAGUGACCGUUAUAGUUCCUCCCAAUAUCGAGCCCUUUACCUUCCAAGACGGCCUAGCCGAAGGGAUGCGAACUCGCACCGUGUGCGGAGUAUCCAAGGGCGAUCCACCCCUGUCUCUCAAGUGGCUCAAGGACGGUGAACCGCUGUCCUCGCUACUCGGUGCCAACGUGUCCACUCUCGAUCAGUACUCGUCCCUCCUCAAUAUCCCCUCCCUCUCAGCGGCACAUUCCGGCGACUAUACGUGCGUCGCCAGCAAUCCCGCGGCCGAGGUGAAGUUCACUGCGUCGUUACAGGUAAAAGUUCCACCCCGUUGGAUUGUCGAACCGACGGACGUGAGCGUGGAACGAAACCGGCACAUUACUCUACACUGCCAAGCGCAAGGAGUUCCCACCCCAACGAUUCAGUGGAAGAAAGCAACAGGAAGUAAAUCGGGAGACUAUGAAGAGGUUCGGGAACGACCUUACACAAAACUGUUGACAAAUGGGUCGCUUCUGCUGCAGCACGUGAAAGAAGAUCGGGAAGGAUUCUAUUUGUGUCAGGCACACAACGGCAUCGGGACAGGUAUUGGGAAAGUCAUCCAAUUGAAAGUGAAUUCUUCACCAUACUUUGCUGGACAGUCCAAGAUGGUUACAGUCAAAAAAGGGGACACUGCCAUAAUGCAAUGUGAAGUUAAAGGCGACAAACCCAUCAAUGUGGUAUGGCUUAGGAAUGGUAAACAUGAACUCAACCCUUCCACCAAUUAUAGAGUUUCGAUAAAACAGGAUGCGACACCAGAAGGAAUUCAUGCUGAAGUUCAAAUAUCAAGUGUGGAAAGUAGUGAUAGUGGAGCUUAUUUCUGUCAAGCCAGCAACCUGUACGGAAGGGAUCAGCAAUUAGUUCAACUGCAAGUGCAAGAACCACCUCAGCCACCUUCCUCUCUGGAGGCAUCGAUGGUAACUAGUAGAACGGUUAACUUGAAAUGGCAACCACGCGGAGGUGACGCGGCUGAAGUGUCAAAGUACAUUGUCGAAUACAAGGAAAUUGAUCGUCAGUGGAUGUAUAUGGAACUGGGAGAUCCUCCACAAUAUGCAACCAUGAUCGAAAAUUUAAAACCAGCAACUAACUACGUAUUUAGAGUCAUUGCUGAAGGUCCAGCAGGCAGAAGUUCUCCUAGUCAAGAGUUGUUCAUUAAAACUGAACCACAAAGACCAGCAGGUGCUCCACUCAAUCUUUCAGUAAGGCCAGUUUCCUCCACUGAAAUUUUAGUCAACUGGAUGCCACCGGCUUACGAAUUGAGACAUGGAGAAAUUCAGGGCUAUAACAUAGGGUAUAGAUCAAUGCACACCAACUCAAACAACUAUAACUUUACAUCGAUAUCCGGAGACGGUGAAGAUGGGACGGGUGAGUUCCUAUUGGGCAAUUUGGCCAAGUAUACAAGAUAUACAAUAGUCGCUCAAGCAUUCAAUCAAGUCGGACCAGGUCCUCUCUCAGAACCUGUAACAGCUCAAACUAUGGAAGACGUUCCCAGUAAACCACCUGAGGACAUUCGCUGCGCUGCACUAACCUCCACCUCGAUACAGGUAUCUUGGCAGCCUCCGCAAGCUCACCACACCAACGGUCUACUGCAGGGAUAUAAAGUAUUCUACGAAUCUGCCGCUGAGGAGUUGAUUAGCAAUGGCGACAUGGAAACACGCAAAACCACUGCCCUCACUAUGCUACUGACCAGUUUGCGGAAGUUUUCCAAUUACAGUGUUCAAGUACUCGCAUAUACUCGAAUGGGCGAUGGCGUCAUCUCACCACCUUCAUUCUGCCAUACCGAAGAGGACGCCCCGGAAGCGCCAUUCGAUGUUAAGGUAGCUAUAAGCUCACCAUCGUCAUUAUACGUAUCAUGGCUACCACCUAACGAACCCAACGGAAUUAUAACAAAGUACAAUCUUUACAUCCGCGCCGUCAACGGUCGCGAAGAACUAAGUAAUGAUAAACGCAAUCUACUGCCACAUCAACUUCAUUACGAAGCGAAACAGCUUCAAAGCCACACUGAAUACCAGUUCUGGAUAUCGGCUUCGACACGCGUCGGAGAGGGGAAAAGCACUCAAGUGGUAUCUCAAAUGACAUCGAACAGAGUUCCGGCCAAGAUUGUUUCCUUUGGUGGUCUGACAAUCCGUCCGUGGAAGACUUCGGCCUCCCUCAACUGUAUGGCUGUAGGCCAACCUCGUAGAGAAUGGUUCAAGGGCGAUAUUCUACUGCGGUCGGGCUCACAUCACAAUGUUCAAAUUCUAGAUUCUGGCGAAAUCAUCAUCACCAUGCUACAGACAACAGACACCGGAAACUACACCUGUCAGGUGGACAACGGAAUAGGAACCGAUCGUCUCACGCACAAUCUAUUAGUACAAGUUCCUCCAGGGCCACCGGUCCUAUACAUAACCAGUGCUACCUCUAGCAGCAUACUACUACACUGGAAAAUUGGAUCUACAGGAAAUGCACCGAUAACAGCGUUCUCACUACAUUAUCGACGCUUCCACGGAAAUUUAGAGGAGAUGCAGCUCUCCAGGCAUGCCUCCAGUCACGAGCUGAAGGGUCUUUUCUGCGGUAGCACCUAUCAAAUAUAUCUGGUUGCUCACAACAAAAUAGGUCCAUCCCCGGCCAGCACCAUGCUCAAUGUAAAAACUCAAGGGCAACCUCCAGGCGUACCCGUUAACUCGGUCUUAAUUGCUCCAAACUCCACUGCUGUAGUGCUACGUCUCAAUAGUUGGCCAGACAAUGGGUGCCCCAUUCUUUAUUACGUUCUUCAAUAUCGUUCAAUUUCAAACAGCCUGGACGACGAAUGGCACUUGGUUUCGAACGCCUUGAAACCGCAGAGAAGAUUCACUCUAUCGGGAUUGCUACCGACUACCGCGUAUCAACUGAAAAUGGAAGCUCACAAUGUAGCCGGCUCAACCAAUGCCGAAUACACAUUUAUCACACUUACUAAAGAUGGAGAUCCACCACCACCAGAUUUGAUUCACCGGGGCAAUCGGCCUCCGAUAUUUUACAACAACAUCCAGCUGCUGAUUCCGAUCAUCAUCACGAUUACGGCCACUAUCAUUUGCAUAGCCUUCACGGUAGUUUGCUACAAAUAUCGCCAACGCGGUCGCGAACGGAAGGACACGAUGGACGGCAGCCAGCAGAGCACAGAUGCCCAACGGGACCGGUACUACGCGACGAUCCACAAGGUGGCGCUGCAGGCUGGAGACAAGAUUCCUGAAACGUCAGAGGACAUUUCGCCAUACGCGACGUUCCAGCUGUCGGAAGCAAGCACCCUAGCUCAACCCCAUCACAGCGGACCGGCCAAUACGCUACUGCACUCCUUCAUGUACCACGAACGUGCCAUGACCGAGGGAUGCGCAUCCCCACCCCCAGCAGCGGUACUAAGACAACUUCAUAAUCAGUCGCCUUACUACAAUAUUAAUUCAUCCAAAGGUCGACGGAGGCAUUCGCGUAAAACUGAGCCCGAGAGCGAAGAGUCUGAUUCCGACCAAGACCAAUUAACGUCCAGCCGUACCGAAUCGUCCAACCAAUUGGAUGCCAAGAUCAAGCAUAGUAAGGAUGACCUCCUACAACCAGCUGCCUGUGGGGAUGACGAGCUCGUCUAUAACCAGCAUUUCAUGCGUUCCAUUCCAGGUCUCAUCUAUCAUGGCACGCAAUCGAGCACCUCAUCCGACCUGUCACCGAUGUCAGAACAGAAAUCACUACCUCGUCGUGGCAGAUCAAGGGGAACAAUGAGAUCCUUACUUACACCACUACAUUUACCCGACAAUACAAUGGGAGGCGGUGGUGGCGGUCCGCUGUUCCACCAGGUUCCGAUCGAGAGUGGCACCCCGGACAGGCUGGAGCUGUCGGAGGCCGAGUGCGACAUCGACACGAUCAAGAAGCUGAAGCUGGGUAUGCGUUCGUCUCUGUGGUCGCGCCCUCAACAGAGCACUAGUCCGGGUGGCGGAGGCGCAGCCCUCUCGAUAGCCACCGGCGCCGUUGGAGCUGGCAAUGGUAACUCUACCCCGGGCCAACCGACCCAUCCGUCGGAUUACUCGAUCGCGGUCUAAGAUCAAGAUCGAUCAUCACCAUCAUCAAAGCGUUGUUCCGGAGCAUUUCACCUCAUUGAGGUACGAAUGUGGCAAUUUUUUCACGAAACGGUCAUUCAGAGCUAUGCACCUAUCAAUAAUACGCAUGUCCCUUACAACACGCAGAGAAAAGUUACUCAAAGUGCGUGUAUUGAAUUUUAGGUGAAAAAUUUUUUACGAUCACUUUUUAUGAAUCUGUUUCGACUGUGACCGUUUUUAUAAAGAUUUAUAAGUAGUUUAAGUUAUGACGAAUUUUCCUAACCCUUACAAAACGAAAGUUCGGGAAGUACUUUUCAAACACUAGACUAUUUAAAAAAAACUGUUCGACGAAUACUAAACGAAUAUUUUGCCAUCUGCUCAUUCUGCCAAUUCUCAUAAUUUUGAACAUAUUAGUCACAUUUAAAGAGAACGAAAAGACUAAACAUCCAGUUCAAAACAAAAUAUAAGUUCAUUCACGAUCAUAAAUAUUCCAAAAUCGAAACUAAAGAUCAAGAUACAAUAUAUAGAACAUACAAUUGAUGAUUCAGAUUCACAAUUGAGAAUUCAGGC